UCAUGGAGGAGCUUCACAUCUGCAGCGCUCUUCCUCUCCUCUCCUCUCCCUCCCUCUGUCCCUCGUCAGCCGAGCCUCAGGAAGCGUCUCCAUGAUGGUUUCUGUUUGAAGGAGGUCGUCCAUCACACGGUCACUCACUGAGGAAGAGGAGGAGGAGGAGGAGGAGGAAGAAGGAGUAAGAGGAGGUGUAGUUUGUGGCGGCUGCAUCUGCAUGGCGCUGGGGGGGGAGGCGACGCUCGGCUCGGCUUCACCAUGAUCGCCGUGUCGUUUAAAUGUCGCUGCCAGAUCCUGCGCAGGGUGAACAAAGAUGAGGGGCCGUACACCAAACACUCUGCCGGGUCGAGACCUCCAGAUGGAGCGCUGGCCAUCAGGAGACAGAGUAUACCAGAAGAGUUUCGGGGCUGCUCGGUGGUGGAGCUGAUGAAGAAGGAGGGGACGACGCUCGGGCUGACGGUCUCAGGCGGCAUCGACAAAGAUGGGAAGCCCCAGGUUUCAAACCUGCGACAGGGAGGCAUCGCCGCCAGGAGCGACCAGCUGAACGUGGGCGACUACAUCCGAGCCGUUAACGGCAUCAACCUGGCCAAGUUCAGACACGAUGAGAUCAUCAGUCUGCUGAAGAACGUCGGGGAGCGGGUCGUCCUGGAGGUCGAGUACGAACUGCCACCUGUCUCAGUGCAGGGCUCAGGCGUCAUGUUUAAGAACGUAGAAGUCACGCUUCACAAAGAAGGAAACAGCUUCGGCUUCGUCAUCAGAGGUGGAACCCAUGAAGACAGGAACAAGUCACGCCCGAUCGUCAUAACAACCAUCAGGCCAGGCGGUCCAGCCGACAGGGAAGGAACCGUGAAGCCGGGUGACCGGUUGCUAAGUAUCGACGGGAUUCGUCUCCAUGGCAGCACACUAGCUGAGGCCAUGAGCAUCCUGAAGCAGUGCGGGCAGGAAGCCACGCUGCUGCUCGAGUACGACGUCUCGGUGAUGGACUCUGUCGCCACGGCGUCGGGGCCGCUGCUGGUAGAGGUUGCCAAGGCGACAGGCUCCAGUCUGGGCGUGGCUCUGUCCACCUCAAUGUUCUGCAGCAAGCAGGUCAUCAUCAUAGACAAGGUCAAACCAGCCAGCAUAGCAGACAGGUGUGGGGCUCUUCACGCAGGAGAUCACAUUCUGUCUGUUGACGGGAAGUCGAUGGAGUUUUGUUCUCUGGCUGAAGCCACUCAGCUGCUCUCUGCCUCCUGUCAGACCGUCCGCAUGGAGAUCCUGCCACAACACCAGGCCCGACCGGCCCUGAACGCACCACAGCACGUCAAGGUGCAGCGUAGUCCCCGCCCCCUCCCCUGGGAGACUGGAGGCUCCGCCCCUAUCCUCCCCCCCUACCACUACAACACGUACCACCCCGACCAAUCAUGCCAGGUCGCACAACCGCCAUACAAACAACCCCCGUACGUCCCGCCUCUCUCUCUCAGCCACUCGUUCUCUCCCGGCUCCAUGUCGGCCUACAGUCUCUCGUCCCUCAACAUGAGCACUCUGCCCAGGAACAUGUAUCCCACGAGUCCACGGGGCACGCUGAUGAGGAGGAAGGCCAAGAAGAAGGACUUCAAGAGUUCCUUGUCGCUGGCGUCCAGCACUGUGGGUCUCGCCGGUCAGGUCGUUCACACGGAAACCACGGAGGUGACGUUGCUAGGCGAUGGCAUCAUGGGCUUCGGCCUGCAGCUGCAGGGUGGAGUCUUCGCCACGGAAACGCUCUCUUCACCGCCGCUCAUCGCUUACAUCGACCCCGACAGCCCAGCUGAGAGGUGUGGUAUCCUGCAGAUCGGCGACAGGAUUUUGUCCAUAAAUGGAGUUCCUACUGAAGACUCGACUCUGGAAGAAACCAAUCAGCUGCUCAGAGACUCGUCCAUCACGGCUCAGCUCACACUGGAGAUCGAGUUCGACGUGGCAGAGUCGGUGAUUCCCAGUUCAGGAACGUUUCACGUGAAGCUCCCGAAGAAACCCGGAGUGGAGCUGGGAAUCACCAUCAGCUCUCCGUCCAACAGGAAACCAGGUGAUCCUCUGAUCAUCUCUGACAUCAAGAAAGGCAGCGUUGCACACAGGACGGGGACGUUGGAGCUCGGAGACAAGCUGCUCGCCAUCGAUAACAUCCGCGUGGAGAACUGCUCGAUGGAGGAAGCCGUUCAGAUCCUGCAGCAGUGUGAGGAGCUCGUCAAGCUGAAGAUACGAAAAGACGAAGACAACUCAGAUGAACAGGAAGUGUCCGGCAGCAUCAUCUACACGGUGGAGCUGCAGAGGUACGGAGGCCCGCUGGGAAUCACCAUCUCAGGCACAGAGGAGCCCUUCGACCCCAUCAUCAUCUCCUCACUGAGCAAAGGAGGGCUGGCUGAGAGGACCGGUGCGAUCCAUGUAGGCGAUCGUAUCCUGGCGAUCAACAGCAGCAGUCUGAAGGGGAAACCUCUGAGCGAAGCCAUCAGUCUGCUGCAACAGGCCGGAGAGACGGUCACACUGAAGAUCAAGAAGCAGGGAGAGCUGUCGAGCCCGAAGUCCUGUGUGAUUGGUCCAGGCCUGGGGGCGGGGCUUGUCCAUGAGCACCAGGACGGGGUGGACGAGCCCGUUGUCAUGGUCGCGCCUCUGUCAAGCCAGCGAGCAUUCAGCACGCUGCCGUCUGUUGACAGUGCCGUGGAGUCCUGGGACGGAUCCAACAUGGACAGCAGCUUCACCAACCCGGCUCCACCAUUUCAGUCGUCUCCGUACACUUUCCACGAGUGGCGCAACGCCAAGACAACCAACAGCCAAUCAUCUUCCUCCACCCGCCAGAGAGCCAAUCCGCUGUCAGAUCUGGGCCUGAGCGACGAUGACUGGGACCGCCCACCGCUUGGAGGAGCCUGUAAUCUGCCCAGCGGUCUAAUCACUGACAGCAGGUUCACUGUGGGUCAUGAUGGGACAGAACCAGACCAGGAGGAGAACUUCUGGUCUCAGGCUCUGGAGGAUCUGGAGACCUGUGGGCAGAGCGGCAUCCUCAGAGAGCUGGAGGCAACCAUCAUGUCAGGCUCCACUCUCAGUCUGAACCAUGACCCCACCCCCCUACGCAGCACACUGGGACGCCAGGCAAGCUUCCAGGAACGCAGUAACUCCAAACCACAGGUGACCCCUCGGUCCAACACCUUGCCCUCUGACCCGCAGCGUCGAGCCUUUGCCAUGAGGAAGAUGAGGCAGGAAGUCAAUGAGAUCCUAAAUCAGAACCCUGUGGAACUCCACAAGCUGACUCUCGAGAAGGCCUCAGAUCUGGAAGAUUUUGGUUUCAGUGUGUCUGAUGGUAUGUUGGACCGUGGCGUCUACGUUAACAACAUCCGACCGGGAGGCCCAGCAGAGCGGGGCGGCCUCCGAGCCUAUGACCGGAUACUACAGAUUAACCACGUGCGCACCAGGGACUUUGACUGCUGCCUCGUUGUUCCACUGAUCGCCGAGUCUCCAAACCACCUCGAGCUUGUUAUUAGCCGAAACCCCACCUCCUCCACCACCCUGCUGGCCAAUCACACUGACGGUACAACCAACAGCAGCCACUCCCCUCAGCAAAUCAGUAGUGAGCUGGGACCAUCGGAGCUCUCCACUGGCCAGGGAGAGGAUGGUGGUCCAAUCAAGUGGAGCCAACCAGGAGAAGGGUUGGGGGCGGGGCUUGGGGUGGGUCAGGUGAAUAAUAAUUCCUUAUAGCAGACAAAAAGUGGAUAAAACUGGAUUAAACUGGUUCUAAUCAAACUGGACUGGAGAGGUCAACAAGGAGAACAAUACAGCAAAGUUGAAUUAAACUGGUUUAGACCCGUCCGAACUGGUUCAGAGUGGACGCCCCAUGGUGCUACAAACACCCUCUGGAUGAACUUUGACCUUUGACCACUAAAGUUUGACCUUUGAACUGCUGAAGCAGCCUGAAAGCACACUGAUGGACCGGAGUAACUCUUCACCUCUUCACUUGAACCAGUUCUGCAUACUGGUCCUACUGGUGUCACUGGAACCAGAACUAUAACUACUGAUCCUACUGGAACUACAGCCAGAUCUACUGGUUUAUUGGGCUGGGAAUUAAUGGGUACUGGUUCAACUUGCCCAGAGAGCCAUGGCUACUGAUUCUAUUGAAGCUAGAGCCACAGUCAGUGGUUUUACUGGUUUAAGAUUAAUGGUUACUGGUUCUACAAGCCUAGAAUUGCUGAAGCCAGAGCCACUGGUCUUACUGGUAAAAGACAUGGGUUCUGGUCUAAGUGGUUAGAGAAUCAAGGCUACUGAUUCCCCUGAAACCAGAGCCAUGGCUAGUGGUCUUACUGGUCCAAGACACAUGGGCUCUGGUCUUAGUGGUUACAGAGCCAUGGUCCCAAUGAAGCCACAGCUAAUGGUCUUACUGGUUUAAGACAUGUGGGUUCUUGUCUUAGUGGUGACAGAACCAUGGGUACUGGUCCAACUGAAGCUUGAGCCACAGCCACCAGUCCAACACAUGGUUCUUGUUCAUAGUUGUAAUGGUCAUAGAAUUGUGGGUACUAAGACAGAACCUUCACCAGUGAUUCUGCGAGUCCAGAACUGAGGCUCCAGGUCCAUCUGGUGUUACUAGAAUCACAACCAUGGCUUUUGGUUGUACUGGCCAAGGACCUCAGCAGCACAAAGACUGAUGGGACUCCAGAAUCUAGAACCUGCUGAUGGACAAACAGUCCAAUGCCUAGUAAACUAGGGAUGCUCCGAUCAGCCUGUAGAGGGUCGAUGUCAUUGUCCAAACUGAUACUGAUCACUGACUGGUUUCUGUUCUUAAACACUGAAUUAUGUCAAAGUCUUAACCUUGAUAUUCCUCAAGUUAUGGUUAGAAGUACCUUUAUUGGUACAGAGGGUUGGGUCAGAUGGAAGAUUAAAGAUGGCUAUGGUUACAUACAAGUCUUAAGACGGUAAAGCCUAAAUAUAAAGUUGAAAUUGGUUGUUUGAGCUUAAGAUUAGACGUGGAUGGUGUUUGGUAAGGAUUUGGUGUAGUUUAGGUGAGGAUAAGAAUUUAUAAAAUCCAUAGAAUCCAUAAAAUCACAAAUAGAUGUAGCUGCUUGAGUUUAAUUCUGACAUGUGAGCUACUCCUCAGAUGUACAAAAAAAUGAAAUCCUCCAUAAAAGAACUCCAAAAAUCCCAAUUAGCUUGUAGCAUGCUAUCACACCUUAUUCCUAGCCCCAAUAAUACAAUGCGUGAAUCAUGGGCACAACAUCUUGAGCUUAGUGGAACUGGCUUUUUCCAGUGGUAACAAUAAGCUAACGGUACGCUAAUCCUCUUUCCUGUCAGACAUGAUAACGUGAUCAUACCUCUGUUAUCUCAAAGCAUUCAUUGUUUUCUUUUUUAACCAAACACGUUAACGAUUGGCUUGCCUUGCUACGUUAACAUGUUUCAUAUAACAGAACCCGAGCUAGCAUACAGUAACGUCUACUUCAAUAACAGAUGAGGUGAACAUUUAACAUAACUCAAUAUUAAUUUUAGCUCCACGUAAAGUGAAUAAACAUGAUGUUUAACAGCCAACGCUCCACUCCUCUGCCUUAACGACAUAGUUGACACAUUUUUAUAGCUGCUGAUUUAUUAAAUCAGAGUUCUACUGAGAGAAAUAUAACAUCGAAUUUAGCAGCAGACUGUCGUUCUAGGUGUCAUUCUCUCCCGCAAAUUCUAAUUUAAUACUUCUCCACUCUCGAAACUCUUUUGGUUUUAUUCUUGUGUCAUUCCAGUCGUGUACUGUGUGUUACAGAAGGGUGUGCAUGAAUAUACGGGACAAAUCACGUGCCAUAUUUAUUCAUUAAAAGGACCGUGCCUUUUAUUUUUUUGAUGCAGUGUAACUGGUAUUUUACGGGACUGGUGGCAAACUAUUCCUCUCCGUAGGCUGGCGAUGGAAACUGUGACGGCCGUUAACACACUGCUGUUGAAACCACAAAUUUAGCUCAGUCUGGGUACAAAGACAUUUUAGCAUAAUGUUUGACGUUAGCAGCAUUUGCUAAACUGAAGGUGAACAUGAUUGGCGCUGAGGCUAACCAUAGAGUCAAUGUGACGAACUACCUUACUCACAGGAAGUUGCACCCAUUAUCAUUUCUACAGUAGCGCCCUCAAGAAUGAGGUGGAUAGACACAUUUGAAAGGAUACCCAGCCCUAACGUUGGAGAACAGGCAGCCAUGUUGGAUUCAGUAACUUUAAAGUCUCAGUUUUAAGACGUAGAUCAAGUCAGUGAUUAUCAGCUGAUAUUGAUCGGAGCAUCCCUAAUGACCUGUACAGACAGACAGAGGGUUUACUGUUAAGAUUUUAGUUCUGUGCCAUGAAUGAGCUGCAUACUGGAAGAGUGAUAAUAAUCGUAUUGACAAUGAUGAUGAUGAUGAUGAUGAUGAUGAUAACACUGAGCAGUUCAAUAAGAAUCUUUUUCUACUGUUUACACCUGUUGGACUGGCCACACUGUGUGUAUGUGUGUGUGUGUGUCUGUGUGUGUGUUUGUAUGUUAUGUGUGCGUGUUAAACACAAGGCCAGUUAAGCCCCUCCCCCUCCCCUUCCCCCUCCCCCAUUCUUCCCUCGACCAAUAGGCCGCCAGGACGACGACAGACGGCAGCUCUGAGAGAUUCAGCUGAUUGGCUGGAACCAAUCAGAAAACAAAAUCUUCCCUGCCCGUCUGUGAUUGGUUCUCCUUGACACACAAGUCGACCAAUCAGCUACCAGGAAGAAGCCAAGCAUGCCCCCACCUGACUACCCGGCCCCCCCCCCCCAGUAACAGUGAUCUAUUAUGCUAAUCGAUCGGUGUGUUUUUUGAUUGACUGUUGUCAGUUUUCUCUGUUUGUUUGUUUGUUUGUUACCAUGGCGACUGAACCUGAAAAGAUGUAAAAUAGGUUAAAAAACGGUUCAGUCCCGUCGCUGUUCACAUCGAGACCAUCGAACCCUGAAAAUCUUCACCUCAUAACCACGAAAACAAUGUUACAAGAGAAAAAAAAUCCUGAUGAAACAGGAAACCUGUGACAGUAAAUACCUGUGUGUGUGUGCGUGCGUGCGCGUGUGUGUGUGCGUGUGCGCGAGCAUGUGAGCGUGUGUGUAUGUUUAUUUUGGAGUGAUGUCAACAUCUUCCUGCUCUCACCUCAGUCUGAACUCACUAUUUAAACUGGCCAAUGAGAACCCUCCCUCAGCGCCAACCACCAGUAGAAACCCUCCCUGAUCUCUAACGACCAAUCGCCCUCUGCUAAACGCCCUGUGCUUUGUAUUGGAGCACUGUGAUUGGCUGUGACUGUGCAGCAGCUGUGAGCAUCUGGUUGUGGAUAGUUGUGAAUCUGAAGCAGUGCUAUCAUAUAGUUAGCAUGUGGCUAGCAGACGCUGAACACAGGGCUAGCAUAAGCCUAACGUGGCCACACACACACAGCACAAGGCUAAUACUAGCUGUGGUUACCACCGAGCAAACUUAUGUUCAUCAUUUGGUAAAUAUGUGGUUAGCAUACACCAAACAUCUAGCCAACAUACCUGUUAGCACACUGCUAACCCAGGGCAAAACAAAGACAGUGUAUGGAUAGCACACAUUGAGCACAAGGCUAACACAGGGCUAACAUCAGGUAAACACAGCUAGUAUUUAGUUAGCACACAGCUGACACGGAGCUAGCAUCUGGUAGACAUUGCUAAUAGUUGUUUAGCAUACAGCCACAGCAGGGCUAACACCUGGCUAACAUUGCUAGGUGUUAAAAUAGGGCUAACACCUGGUUAGUACACAAUAGAACAAGACUAACACAUGGUAAACAUAGCUAAUAUAAGGUUAGCACACAGCUAACACAGGGCUAUUAGUCUAUAUGGAUAGCACAGACUUGAAACACAGCCAAGAUAAGAUAAACAGCUAAUAUCUUGUUAGCACACUGCUAAAACAGGGCUAACACUUACAUAACUCAGCUAGGUGUUUGCACAAGCUAACAGGGCUGGUGUGUGGUACAGACGUACAACAAGGCUAACAGGACUUAAACCUGGUAAACAGAGCUAAUAUUUACUGUAGCUCACAGCUAACAUGGGGCUACAACAGGUAUUCAGUUAGCACAUGGCUAACCCAGGGUUAACGCCAGGCAAACAAAGCCAGUGUAUGGUUGCGCACACCUAACACAAGGCUAAUAUAGGGCUAAAAUGUGGUAAACACAGCUAGCAUUUAGGUAAAGUAGGGCUAGCACCUGAUUAAAACAACAGGUAUGUGGUAAUUGCACAUUAGAGCAAAGCGUAGACACAAUAAACAAAGUUAAUAUCUUGUUAGCACACUGCUAACACAGGGCUAACAACUAGAUAACAUAGCUAGCACAGACCAAGGAAGAGGCUAACACAGAACUCACAAUUGGUUAAGGGAGCUAAUAUCCGGUUUAGCUCACAGCUAACUCUGGGAUACCACUAUUGAUAAGUUGCCACAUGGCUAUCAGAGAGCUAACACCUAGAUAACUUAGCUAGGUGUUAGCGCAGACAUAGAAACAGGCUAACACAACCAGUAUUCGGUUAGCAUAUGAUUAGCAUUCGCUAUUUCAUGGAUAACUUUGAACUUUGUGGUCGGUAACUGGGAGUGGUAGCUUUGUUAGCGCUGUUAGCAUUCCAGCGUUCAGCUGAGAAAACUGUUCCACCAAUGGGAAAAGGCCACAGAGCUGAGGGGGCGUGGCUUCAGGAGGGUUUGAUGAGCGAAAUCUAAAGCCAUACACACUGUGUUUGUGCGCAAGUAAAACUGCUGUGUGUGUAUGUGUGUUUGUGAGUGAGUGAGUGUGUGUGUGUGUGUGUGUGUGUGUGUGUGUGUGUGUGUGUGUGUGUGUGUGUGUGUGUAUAGCAUUGCAGGGAUUUGCACUCUAGUGAUUCACCUCAGCAAGACAUCCGCCCACACACAUGCACGCACGCACACACACACACACGCACACACACUCACACACACACUCACGCAUCGCACUGCCAUUUGAAAUAGUGGGUCAGAUUAGUUUCCAUGUAGCUUCACCAACCAACCAAACUGUAUUUUUCUUUAAAGGAACAGGGAUGUUGUAAAGUAUUUUUGUACAAAUUUAAUACUUUGGUAGCAUGACGUUCCUGAUGUUUGUCCUGUAGGGCUCCACUGCUCUCCUCCACCCCCCCUUUGUAUGGACGACUACUGAGCAACAAUAAAGAUGAAGACCUGCUGGGA